AUGGGAUCCACCGGUUACAAGUUCGAGGGCUGGAUGGGCCUCGACGCCAGCGCCGCUCAGGGUAACAUGAAGUGGCAGGAGUUUGAGCCCAAGCCCUGGGAGGAAACCGAUGUCGAUAUCCAGGUUACGCACUGUGGUAUCUGCGGUUCGGAUAUGCACACUCUUCGCAGUGGAUGGGGACCCACCAACUACCCCUGCUGCGUCGGCCACGAAAUCGUUGGCAAGGCCGUCCGCGUCGGAUCCAAGGCUACCGGAGGAAUCAAGGUCGGCGACCGCGUCGGCGUCGGCGCGCAGAGCGGCUCGUGCCAGAACUUCGAUGGAAAGUGCGAGGCUUGCGCCAACAGCCUGGAGCAGCACUGCAACCGCAUGACCGGAACUUAUAACGGGACUUUCUUGAACGGCGGCAAGUCUUAUGGUGGAUAUUCGCUGUACAAUCGCUCCCCGUCGCACUUCGUGAUCAAGAUUCCCGACGCUAUUCCCUUGGCUGAGGCUGCGCCUAUGCUUUGCGGUGGUAUCACUACCUACUCGCCGCUCCGUCAGCACGGUUGUGCUCCUGGAAAGAAGGUCGGCAUUAUUGGUGUUGGUGGACUGGGUCACUUUGGUAUUCUGUUUGCCAAGGCUCUUGGUGCCGAUAAGGUCGUUGCUAUCUCGCGCAAGGCCAACAAGAAGGACGAUGCGCUGAAGCUCGGUGCUGAUGCGUAUAUCGCCACCGAUGAGGAUAAGGACUGGGUUAGCGAACACAGCCAGAGCCUUGAUCUGAUUAUCUCGACGGUGUCUUCAUCCAAGAUGCCCAUCGUUAAAUAUUGCCAGCUGCUGCGUACCCGCGGUACUUUUGUCCAGCUUGGCGCUCCCGAAGACGGCAGUCUGGAGAUCCCCGCUUUCGCACUGAUUGUUCGGGGUAUCAAGCUUGGCGGUUCGCUCAUUGGUAGCCCCGGCGAGAUCCGCGAGAUGCUGGAUCUGGCUGCUAAGAAGGGAAUCCACCCCUGGAUCGAGGAACGCCCUAUGAAGGAGGCCAACCAGGCUAUUCUUGAUAUGGAUGCCGGUAAGGCUCGAUACCGUUAUGUCCUUGCCAACCAGUGGUAA